AUGAGUUCGAAGAAGGUUCCGUACCACAAGCAUCGGGAGGCUGAGGAGGCGAGGAAGAAGAGGGAGGAAGAUGAAGCAGCGCGUGUAUAUGCGGAAUUUGUUGAGUCCUUCCAAGGUGAUAGCUCAUCUGGGGCUAAGUUUGUCCGAGGUGGUGUGAUCGACCCCAAUGCAAAGCUGAAGAUUGACUCAGAAGGUGGAAAGUCCAAAGAUGGGGGGUCUGUUCCAAAGAAGGGCAGUAGGUACGUCCCAUCCUUCUUGCCACCAUCAUUUGCGAAAGAGCCUGAGAAAAAGAAGGAAGAGGAGAGGCCAAAGGAAAAGGAAAAAGGAAAGCCACGGGUAAUAGAUAAAUUCUUGGAGGAACUCAAGUUUGAACAAGAGCAACGGAAAAAGCGCAGUCAGGAUCGAGAUCACCGCCAUGAAGGUCGUCACAGCGAUAGCUCCAUGCCCUCUAGCCGGUUUGAUGAACUACCAGAUGAAUUUGAUCCGACUGGAAGAUUUCCAGGAUCAUUUGAUGAUGGUGAUCCUCAAACCACCAACUUAUAUGUCGGCAAUCUAUCUCCUAAGGUCGAUGAGAAUUUUCUUUUGAGGACCUUUGGUCGGUUUGGACCUAUUGCUAGUGUCAAGAUUAUGUGGCCUAGAACAGAAGAGGAACGCAGAAGGCAAAGAAAUUGUGGUUUUGUUGCCUUCAUGAAUAGAACAGACGGACAGGCAGCAAAGGAUGAAAUGCAAGGUGUUGUUGUGUAUGACUAUGAACUGAAGAUUGGAUGGGGUAAAUCUGUUGCUCUUCCAUCACAGGCUUUGCCUGCUCCUCCUCCAGGACACAUGGCAAUCAGAAAUAAGGAGGGUGGUACAGUCAUACUUUCUGGUCCUGGCGGCCCUGCUGUUGCAUCUGUUACACCACAAACCUCAGAGCUGGUCCUUACACCAAAUGUUCCUGAUAUUGUGGUUGCUCCACCUGAUGAUGGACGUCUUCGGCAUGUGAUUGACACAAUGGCUCUGCACGUACUUGAUGGUGGAUGUGCUUUUGAACAAGCUGUAAUGGAGAGAGGGCGAGGAAAUCCUAUAUUUGAUUUCUUGUUUGAUCUUAAAUCUAAAGAGCACACAUAUUAUGUUUGGAGGCUAUACUCAUUUGCUCAGGGUGAUACUUUACAACGAUGGAGAACAGAACCAUACAUCAUGAUCACAGGAAGUGGAAGAUGGGUUCCACCUCCCUUGUCAUCCAACAGAAGCCCUGAACGUGAAAAGGAAUCUACAUUUGCUGCUGGUAGAAGCAGGCGUGUUGAAGUGGAGCGUACAUUGACUGACUCACAGCGUGAUGAAUUUGAGGACAUGCUGCGAGCUUUGACAUUAGAGAGGAGCCAAAUAAAAGAUGCCAUGGGAUUUGCCUUGGAUAAUGCUGAUGCAGCUGGGGAGAUUGUUGAGGUUCUUACAGAAUCAUUGACACUCAAGGAGACGUCUAUUCCAACAAAGGUUGCUCGGCUUAUGCUGGUGUCUGACAUCCUUCAUAACAGUAGCGCACCUGUGAAGAAUGCAUCUGCAUUCCGAACGAAGUUUGAAGCUUCUUUACCAGAUGUUAUGGAGAGCUUCAAUGACUUGUACCGCAGUAUCACUGGAAGGAUUACUGCUGAAGCUCUGAAGGAGAGGGUUAUGAAAGUUCUACAAGUUUGGGCAGACUGGUUCCUGUUUUCUGAUGCAUUUCUGAAUGGGCUGAGGGCUACUUUUCUUAGAUCAGGCAACUCUGGCGUCGUUCCGUUUCACUCGUUAUGCGGUGAUGCACCUGAAAUUGAAAAGAAAGGUAGCUCUGAGGAUGGAAAUGAUGGAUUUAAGCUUAAUGAAGAUGGUGCCUUGGCUACUGGAAAGGCAGCAGCAACAAAGGAGCUAUUAGGGCUCCCGCUAGCUGAACUCGAGCGCCGUUGUAGACAUAAUGGCCUCUCUCUGUGUGGUGGUAAAGAAAUGAUGGUCGCCAGGCUGCUUAACUUGGAAGAGGUUGAGAAAGAACGAGUAUAUGAGAAGGAUGUUGACAUGAAAUAUUUGCAGGGUGAACAGCAUACUAUUGGAAGUGGUGUGAAUGCUCAUAGUACUUCAAAAUUUGGUGAAAGUCCUAAUGGUGAUGAAUUAGAUGUCUCUCGGAACAAUAUGAGAGCUGGUAAAGGACGUUCCGUAGAAUCUGCGUCUGCCGAACUUGAAUCAUUUCCAAGCAAGAAGCCGAAAUAUGAUCCUGUUUUGCCAGCUUCUAAAUGGAGUCGAGAGGAUGACAUCAGUGACGAUGAAGAUAGAAAAGGUGGUCGAGGCUUGGGAUUAAGCUAUUCAUCUGGAAGCGAUAUUGCUGAUGAUCUUGGAAAGGUCGAUACAACAGAAGCUAGUACUGACCACACAAGUCAUCAUCAUGAUACGAUCGUUGAUGAAGAGCACAGGCAGAAGUUGAGGCAGAUUGAAAUUUCUGUCAUGCAGUACCGUGAAUCUCUUGAGGAGCAGGGUCUGCGUAACUUGGAUGAGAUCGAGAGGAAGGUUGCCAGCCAUCGAAGGCGGCUUCAGUCAGAAUACGGUUUAUCCACUUCAACUGAUGGUGCUAACAACAGGCGAUCUUCUGAAAGAACAUCAUCGGAGCGGAAAGAGAGGCAUGACGAUGCACAUGAUUAUCCUAGGAAACGGCGUCGGAGCCAGAGUAAAAGCCGCAGCCCUCCAAGGAAGUCACAGGAGAGGGAUCGAGAGCACAAUCGCAGUAGAGACCGAUCGCAUGGCAACGAUGCCGGGAGGGAUAGGUUUAUGCUCAAAACCAAUGUUGGAUACACCCAGACCCAGAAUUGUCAGUAUGAGACAACCGAGGUAUGGACUGUGAUUCUGUUCUUCUCUGGUGGGAUGGUUCGUGUAGAUCUUGCAGGGCAGCAGGGCGUGCGAGUACUGUUGUCGCUCGUGGGAGGGCCUCCACCCCAUCUCCCACAGCAGUCAGCAUUUCUCGGCACUCUCCUGUCCUCCUUUCUCUCCACUCCACCCCCGCUCAUCCUUCGCUCUUCGUUCGUUCGUUCUGGUCGCCGUUAUCCUCGUCCUCAGCCCCGACUGAGGCGGCGGCCGGCGCUCCCCAGGCACGCACGAGUUGACGGGUUAAGUGGCAGCGGCGGCGGGAUCUUGCCGCCAGCGGCAGUGCCAAUCCGGCCCGACCACGCAGGAUCGCGUGGAUACACUGGUAUAAGCUGUCAAGUUCUUGACCUGACCUUAUCAGUUUUGCUUAUAAGGAUGGGGGUUUACCUCAGCACUCCCAAAACUGAUAAGCUAUCUGAGAAUGGAGAAAAUGAUAGACUUAAGUUUGGUCUUUCAUCUAUGCAAGGAUGGCGAGCAACCAUGGAAGAUGCUCAUUCAGCAUUGCUAGAUCUUGAUAGCGAGACAGCAUUCUUUGGUGUUUUUGAUGGUCAUGGAGGAAGAGUGGUUGCCAAAUUCUGUGCAAAAUAUCUGCAUGGUCAAGUUCUCAAAAGUGAAGCCUAUUCAGCUGGUGACCUAGGAGCUGCUGUCCAUAGAGCUUUCUUCAGAAUGGAUGAAAUGAUGCGAGGACAGAGAGGUUGGCGAGAACUAUCUGCAUUUGGAGACAAAAUAAACAAGUUUAGUGGUAUGAUAGAAGGAUUGAUUUGGUCUCCAAGGGGCAGUGAUUCGAAUAGUCAACAAGAUGAUUGGGCUUCAGAGGAGGGACCUCACUCUGACUUUGCUGGGCCUACAUGUGGGAGUACUGCAUGUGUAGCACUAAUAAGAAACUCCCAACUUGUUGUGGCAAAUGCUGGUGAUUCCCGAUGUGUUAUUUCAAGGGGUGGAAAGGCAUACAAUCUAUCAAGGGACCACAAACCAGAGCUUGCGGUUGAGAGAGAAAGGAUAAUGAAAGCAGGGGGGUUCAUCCAUAUGGGACGAGUAAAUGGAAGUUUAAACUUGUCAAGAGCAAUUGGAGAUGUGGAAUUGAAACAGAACAAAUUCCUGCCUCCCGAGAAGCAAAUUGUGACGGCCAAUCCUGAUAUUAACAUUGUGGAGCUCUGCGAUGAUGAUGACUUUGUUGUUGUAGCAUGUGAUGGCAUUUGGGACUGCAUGUCAAGCCAACAGCUGGUGGAUUUCAUCCAUGAGCGUAUAAACAUGGAGAGCAGUCUAUCCGCCGUGUGUGAAAGAGUGCUGGACAGAUGCCUGGCUCCAUCAACGAUCGCUGGAGAUGGGUGCGAUAACAUGACCAUGAUCCUGGUGCAGUUCAAAAAACCAGUCGAUCGGAACAAAAAGGCCGAAGUAGCAGGGCAAUCUGCCAACAAUGCAGAUGAAGUCAAGAGUCGGUGA